GAAACCCGCCGGUCCUCGAAAUUCAAAUUUGGUUUCUCCGGACGGCGGUGAUCGGGAUUCAUUUUGCAGUCGUGCUCGUAUUCGUCUUCGCCGCAUUUUGAGAGCUUUUUUCGGAGGAAAAUUUCGUGGAGGUGAAGGAGAGAGAAAGGGUCAGAAUGAGGGAGUGCAUCUCGAUUCACAUUGGCCAGGCCGGGAUUCAGGUCGGAAAUGCCUGUUGGGAGCUUUACUGCCUGGAACAUGGCAUUCAGCCGGACGGGCAAAUGCUGUCCGAUCACACCGUCGGCGGCGGCGAUGAUGCAUUCAACACAUUCUUCAGCGAGACUGGUUCCGGCAAACAUGUCCCUCGGGCAGUGUUUCUGGAUUUGGAGCCUACUGUGAUCGAUGAGGUGCGCACCGGAGGGUACCGUCAGUUAUUCCAUCCAGAGCAACUCAUCAGCGGCAAGGAAGACGCUGCCAACAAUUUCGCCAGAGGCCAUUACACCAUUGGCAAAGAACUCGUGGACCUCUGCCUCGACAGGAUCCGCAAACUGGCAGACAAUUGCACUGGCCUGCAGGGAUUCCUGGUGUUCCACGCCGUUGGUGGUGGCACCGGAUCAGGGCUUGGAUCUCUCCUGCUGGAGAGGCUCUCUGUCGAUUAUGGUAAAAAAUCAAAGUUAGGCUUCACAAUUUAUCCCUCCCCACAGGUUUCAACUGCUGUUGUAGAGCCCUACAAUUCUGUGCUUUCAACCCAUUCUCUUCUGGAACACACUGAUGUUGCUGUGCUUCUCGACAAUGAGGCCAUCUACGACAUUUGCCGAAAAUCUCUCGACAUCGAGAGGCCUACUUACACCAAUCUCAACAGGCUCAUCUCUCAGGUGAUUUCAUCUCUGACGGCUUCCCUUAGAUUCGACGGAGCUCUAAACGUGGACGUGAACGAAUUCCAAACCAAUUUGGUCCCCUAUCCAAGAAUUCAUUUCAUGCUUUCAUCAUACGCCCCUGUUAUCUCUUCCGAAAAGGCCUUCCACGAGCAACUCUCUGUCGCAGAAAUCACCAACACUGCAUUCGAGCCGUCGUCCAUGAUGGUGAAAUGCGAUCCACGGCACGGGAAGUACAUGGCUUGCUGUUUGAUGUACAGGGGUGACGUCGUCCCCAAGGAUGUGAACGCGGCUGUCGCCACAAUUAAGACCAAGAGGACGAUCCAGUUUGUAGAUUGGUGCCCAACAGGAUUCAAAUGUGGCAUAAACUAUCAGCCUCCCACUGUCGUCCCUGGCGGCGACCUGGCGAAAGUGGCGAGGGCUGUUUGCAUGAUCUCCAACUCCACCAGUGUAGCUGAGGUCUUCUCUAGGAUUGAUCACAAGUUCGAUCUAAUGUACGCGAAGCGGGCAUUUGUGCAUUGGUAUGUUGGGGAGGGAAUGGAGGAAGGUGAGUUCUCUGAAGCGAGAGAGGACUUGGCUGCUCUUGAGAAGGAUUAUGAAGAAGUUGGGGCAGAGGCUGCAGAAGGGGAGGACGACGAGAACGAUGACUACGCAUAAUGAGUAUUGAGGAAAAGAUCUAUUUAACCAAUGGAGGGUAUAAAGUUUCAGUUGUGGCUGUUAAUGACUGAAAAGAGGGAAAUCCACGCCUGUCGUCUUCCUGCACGCAUUUCUUGGCCUUGAUUAUGUUGUGUGUUUUGUUAUGGCGAGUGAGAUGAGAUUUAUUGCUUGGUUUUAUAGUUUGUAGUGAAGGGAGUAAGUAGAUGCUUGGUAGAAAAAUACUUAUAUAGGGUUGUUUUUUUAUUAUUUGUACAAGAAAAGGCGAUUAUGAUC